UGUUCCUCAAUGCACGUGUGAUUUCUCUUCAAGUUAGAUUCACAAAGUAUCGUACUUAUCUCAUCAGAAAAUGUUGAGAUAUUUCUAAUGAAAAACUUCCGAGUGCAAAGGGUUAACCUUUGCACUUGACAGGUGACUCUCAGUCACCACCUGAUUUGAUACAGUAAAACUUUGUAUAGUGCCUUUGUAUAGUGCCAUUUGACCCCUCUAGUAGUUUUAGUGUUAAUAUUAUAAUUUAUUCUGUGUAUUCUCCACUGUGAAAUCAUGCGUUCAACGUAUUCGAUGAAACUGAUGUCACGAGGAUUUUAAACGCGCUGCUAGUGUAGAUGUAAUUCUUGGAAUAAAUCGAAUAGAAUCGAUGAAAAUUCACGCGAAAGGAAUAAACGAAUCGAUUCGCGUUCCACGGUUAACAGGUUAAAUCUAUAUGACACGGUUCUCGUUGCACAACGUGCCGUCCGCACGAACAGUGCGCGUUAGAGGAUGAUAGUUGCCGCAAAUGUGGAGUAGGCCGGUGACGACGAUAACAGGUCGCGAUAACGAUCCGUAGCUAAGGUUACGAAUCGAGUUUUCACUGGCGAUCACGUUGGAGCUUGGCUAUCGAAAGAAAGUCGCCGUUGGCUUGGACGUAGUGCUAGGUCCGCGAAAAUAUAGAACGAAAAUGAGUCAUUGUACUGAGAACGGAAGCGAGCGACAAAGGCUCGGCCGUUUGGCAUCGUUUUCUAGCGAGCCGCGGUGCAUAGUACGCGCCGCUCAUUCAUUAUCAACUACCGUGCGGUCAAAAUCGCUGGUGCAUUUCUCGUAGAACUCGAAGAACUCUGAACCUCUAAUAUUAUUAAUAAUAUCACCUUGUGCAGCGAGAUUCAUCAACGUAAACGUCCCACAACAAUAACACAAUUCAAUAAAUCAAUAUUAUCUUUUCCAUUUCGCGUAUGCUCGGUGAAAUUGCGCGGCAUUCAGUUAACCAUUUGCACUCGAGUGGUGACUCUCACUCAUCACUUGAUUUUAUACAGUAAAGUUAUAAAAUUUGAUAUUUAAUAUUAUACCACGUAUAAGGCAUCUCUGGGUGAUUUCUCUUCGAGUUAGUUUCACAAAAUAUCGUCUUUAUCUCAUCAUCGAAUGUUGAAAUAUUUCUAGUGGAAAACUGCCGAGUGCAAAGGGUUAACCCUUUGCGGUCCGAAGUGCUCUUGGUUUCUCACUUUGAGGUUCACGUCGACAUAAUAUUUGGAAGUCACUGAAAUGUCUUUAAAUGGUACAACUGUGAUGCCACAAAUAAAUAUAGAAAAAAUUGUUAAAACAGGCAGAGGUUGCAAUAGAAUAGAAUGGACUGCUAAGGGUUAAGGAGACUCACAGAAUCCAACAAACAAACGCAUCUGCUUUCAAAAGCAGAAUUUGCAUUUGAAACGAAACGUAGCGAAAAGCAGCAGAAAUGCCAAAACUUAACAAAAGGCUCGGAAUUAUCGGAUAACCGAGGUCGCGACUGCGUAUACGCGAUUAAUCCCUUUACGUUAUUCCAAUAUGGCGAGGCACUUCAGCCCCUGCUCAGCCCGCGGUGUCCGUAGAAUACAGAUAAGGGUCGUAUCGGGAACUAUAUCUAUAACGCGCCUACGCGACUUCUUCGCGGCGGCAAUGAAUCAUCGGUCGCAACGAUCGUUAAUGGUCGUCGCCGUCGGUGCUCUUGUCGUUGCAGAUCCACCUGUGGAGCUGCCUGAGGCGGAAAACGGGCAACAGUCUCGACAAGAGUCCGGAAGCAGAAGAACCUCGGAGAACAACGAAGCACUCGUGAACCAUCGUCGGCCUGGAAAGAUCAUCCACGUUUCAUCCGGAGCGAUAAAACGUCUCAACGAGGAAUCGAUCGAACGAGGGCGUGAUCGCGAUCCGGAGCUCUCGUCGAAGCCUAUAAGAAGCUGCUGCUGGCAAAGCGAACUGGUCUCUGAAUCUACCAGAUGAAAAUCCGGUGCUUAUCGCAGUGCUCUUCUCUCCCAUUGCUCUUCCGCUGAUCCGAGGAUAGCGAGUCUCAUCGGUGAUCGAGGAACCGGCUCAACCCGCGUCGAAACACUCGCUCGGAAGACUCUGAAUCGAGAUCGGGGCGUCAGCUGCAUUUCGCUCGGCGCGAGUGCAUCGGUUGUAGCGGAUUGCGUAAUCGGGAGACCUUGGUGCACCGAGGAUGACCUUCGCCGCCGUCCCGGCCGUCGGUGCGUCGUCGUCGGGAGAAAAGAGCUCGGCGAUAAGGCCGGGAGCGGAGUAAUUAGUAUCCGUCCGCGAUCGCUGGAACGCUCGGCGUGGGUGACUCGAGCCUCGAGUGGAGCGGCGAGUCGAGUGACUGGUCGAAGAGGAUGCGGUACGCGUGGCGGAACAGGUGACUCCGGCGAGUGGCACUCCUGGGAAGAUCCGUGGCGGCCGAGCCAGAUCCCGUGGCCGUUUCUCGAGUGGCCGCCGCCCGCAGAAACGAGAGAUGACGGUCACUUACACCGCCGAAGUCGCUACCUGCAAAGGUCUCGGUUGCUUUCUAAAAUUACUCCUAAGAUGGCGGGCGAGCAUAUACAAACUCGUCUGGCUAGACCUGGCCCUCUUCCUCUUCAUAUACUACACGCUGUCGAGCAUUUAUCGGCUGAUACUCGACGAGGAGCAGAAGAAGAUCUUCGAGGCGAUCGUGGCGUACUGCAACGAGUACAGCGACCUGAUACCGCUGUCGUUCGUCCUUGGUUUCUACGUUAGCAUCGUCAUGACCAGAUGGUGGAAUCAAUACAUGGUGAUACCGUGGCCAGACUCUAUCGCGGUCUUCGUGUCGGCGACUAUUCACGGCAACGACGAGAGGGGUCGACUGAUGCGCCGAACUAUCGUCAGGUACGUGUGCGUGUGCCUGACGCUGGUGCUGACGAUGGUCUCGCCCCGCGUGAAGAAGCGUUUCCCCACGUUGGACCACCUGGUGGACACCGGUCUGCUGCUGGAGAACGAGCUGGUGAUAUUCCAGAGCCUGAACGACAAGUUCCCGAAACCGAGCAAGCACUGGCUGCCGAUCGUUUGGGCGUCGAGCAUCGUCACUCGGGCCAGGAAAGAGGGCCGGAUUCGCGACGACUUCGCUGUGAAGACGCUGAUCGACGAGCUGAACAAGUUCCGCGGCCUCUGCGGCAGCCUCAUGCACUACGACACCAUCAGCGUGCCUCUGGUCUACACUCAGGUCGUCACGUUGGCUGUGUACACGUACUUUUUGACGAGCGUGAUGGGCCGGCAAUGGGUACAGAAUUCGAAUACGUCGACGAUCGAUUGCUACUUCCCAGUAUUCACGACGCUGCAGUUCUUCUUCUACAUGGGUUGGCUGAAGGUCGCUGAAACUUUAAUCAAUCCGUUCGGCGAGGACGACGACGACUUCGAAGUUAACUGGAUAAUCGACAGGAAUUUACAAGUGAGCUACCUCAUCGUCGACGAGAUGCACCACGAGCAUCCAGAGUUGAUCCGCGAUCAGUAUUGGGACGAGGUCUUCCCCACAGAGCUUCCGUACACAGCGGCAUCGCAGGCAUUCCGCGAGGAGCAUCCGCAGCCGUCCACCGCCGGGAUCCAAUUAUCAGCUGCCCAACAGGAAUUGCAACCGUCCUCGGUCAGGAUAGACGAGAUGGCAGCGGAAUAUCAGCAGAAGUACCGACCGGACAUCGCCGACGACGCUGCGUCUGGCAUACACUUCACGGCGACCGGAAAAAUGUCAAGGAGCAACACGGAGAGCGGCAAAAUAACGAGAAGCGCGAGCCGGGUGAGCAAUCGGGACCGUACGCUGAGCGGCGGCUCGACGCCGAGCAACUUGGGCGGUUCGCUUACAAGAGUGAACAGCGUGACCAGCGUGCUCAAGCGAUUGUUCAGCAAGGAGGACAGGCCGGACAGCGGCGUUAGCAUCGGUACCAAAACUCCGGGGAGGCUGGCGGGGUCUAGUUCCUCGGCUUCUUUGCAGAACCGAGCGUUAGCUGGUGGCGGCUCGAUGAGGAUAGGGGUGAUCAAGGAGGAGGCUGACGAGCAGAUGACCCUGACGUCGAUGAAAUCGGACAAGAGGCCACACGUGCAGAGCAUAUUCUCGCCGGGACCGCCGCCUCCGAGUGCGCCGGUCACCGUGCCCGGCACCGAGCACACCAGGAACGGGGAAAUAUUCUCGACCAGCGCUCCAGUGACCGGCGUCCUGGUGGGGAGCAACGGGGAUGGGACUGGAAGCGCCAACGACAGGCCGUACGUGCCAGGAUCAAGAGCGGAACGCACGACGCAAUCGGCGCGGUCCAGCGUCGCCUAUGAUCCAGCGACGAGUUACGGGGGCAGCGGAUUGGCGGACGACGAGCUGAUCAGCACCCGCAGCUCCUCCUGCACCAGCGUCAACUCGGACGACGAGUUCACCAAGCUGAAGACGGAGAGGGAGAAGCAAAGACGGGACAGGGUGGUCAGGAGGCUGGCCAGGAGCACCAGCGGCCACACGAAUCUGCUCGGCGCCCAAUCGAGGAGCGUCCUGGACACGGAGCACCUGCUGCUGUCGGAGCUCGCGAACACGUCGCGAAUGUCCAUGGAGGCGAGCGAUCGCGACGACAAAGUGGAGACCGAUCGGCUUUAGCAACGAUUCCGCUGGGCCUUCUUCGAAGUUUAGCCUCCUCGGAACCUCCCGGGGGACUGCGGCGAUAUUUAUUUAGGAAGACUAUCGACCGUUCGCGCGGUCGAGCGAAAGUAAACGAUUAUUAACGCAUUUUCACAGUCGCCAACGGUCGAGCCAUUUGUUAGUGUACAUACGAACUUUUUACUUGAAGUUGUCCGAGGAGAUUCGGGAGAAACGCUCGUGAACGGUCGCGAACGACGCGCGGGGAACCAAGUUCGGGUAGAAAUCGGCGGUAGUCGCGAAGGUAGUUACGCGAGGAGAUUAGGAAACGUUCGGGGAGGAAGUCGAGAGUCGAAGGAAGCUGUGGAAGAGAAUCCGAUAAACAUUCCGUCGAUGGACGAGACGGUUCUCGCUGGAGAACGUGGAUCGAGAAACGGACUCUCUUGGGUGAUCGUUUGCGAUCGGAACAUUGGUACCAAAUUUUUACACGCUCAAGAGUUCUUUGUAUAUUCUGCUAUGUGCAGAGUGUGGUUGGAAACCUUUGGGUCUCCACAGCGGAAUCUACUACUCGUUAAUUCGAAUAAGUCCCACGAUUGCACUGCGGAUUCUUAUGCGUUGACCGAGGAGAGAACGUUGAAUUAACUUUCAAGCGGGAUUUAGACCGAUGAUUUUACAGAGUUUCAUUGUUUGUUGUGUUACCUUUGAACUUGGAAAGAAAUUUAGUUCGUUGUGAUACAGUGUUUUUGGAAUUCGAUUGUUUCUCAUAGGAAUCCGUGGUCUAAUUACGAAGAUAAUGUCUAAUGCGCUGUCCGAAGAUCGAGCGCUCGUAUCGAAGCAAUCUGAAAGUGGACUUGUAUAUACCGGUAUACCUUUCACACGAAACUCUACGUAUCUAUAAUUAGACAAUAAUCGCGUAAACAUUGUCAUCGAAUAUCGCCUUACGGGAGCUCAGUUUUAUACGUCGACGGUCACGAUUCGCAAUUUCAGUCGAAACUGUCGGGGGCAGCUUCGAGAAUUGUGAACUCGGUUGACGACCGGUCGAGACUCGCGAUCCUCAUUUUCUAUAUUCCAUUCACGAUCGAUAUAAAAAAUGAGAGAACGUCGAGCGGCAGGGAGUAGCGUGGAAUUCUAGAUAAUUGCCGGCGUGUCGAGCUCUCGCGAAAAUCGUAUCUCGUCUAGGAAAAGCCGCGAAGCUUACAUUGAACCGUGAAAAGUUGUGAAAAGUGCCUGCCUCGAGCCUAUCGGUGUCCAACCGUAAACCGGUACUCGACGUUACCUUUAUCGCGAAGCAAGCGUGUAACCGUGUUCGUUUCGCGAAAACGCGAGCGGCGUUACGCUUGAAAAUAGCGCUUCUCUUCGUUUCGUUUCGUACGGCGACGCGUUUUCGUGCACGCACAUUCCAUGAAUCGUAGAUGGACGUCGGUCGGCGACAAGAUCGACGGAACGAUCGCACAUUUGCGGGAUAAGGUUAAUUUGAUAAGUAGACUGCCGAAGUUCAAUGCGGAUUUACAUUUUCCCGGGGAACUUUGACACUGGAACCAACAACGAUCGCGUCGAAGCGUCUUCGUGCCGAUUUCUUCUGUCGAAAUUGCGAGACACCACUCGGAAGAAAUCGUCGAACGAACGUUAAGUCGGGUUAAUUAAUCGAUAAUUCUAGCGCUAAAGGGACUAACGUUGUAUGUGAUCGGAUCUUCGUCGCGAAUCGCUUCUGUAGAUCGAAAGUAAAGCGAAGCAGCGUGAAUCUUGUCGAGGAAGUUUAUAAUUUUUUAAAGUCUUUUAUACGCUGUACAUGCAUAAUCGUUCCGCGGUCUAUCGAUAAGUCUCCUGUACUCGCGGAGCGUGCUCGCGAUCUUUCGAACGGUUUCGACGAUCGCGACAUGGCCGUGAAUUACGAUCGCGAGGAGUUCGGUUUUCACGUUCGAGACGCGAUCGCGUGAUAAUUUCGUACGCCGCGAGGAAUCGGCGAGAUUCUCGCCGCGAGGAUUCCGAAACGGUGCGGCAUGUCCAUCUUGUACAGUAGAGCGUACUUAAUUGCGUAGCGUAAUCAGCACUCGUUACUGCCUGCGCAUAAUUCACGUUUGACGGCUCGUCCGUCGUUUCGGGGUUACAUUCCAGAGCGUGGACGGAUAUUAUGGUGCUCAUGGUUUAGCGGUUCGUUCAACAGUAUUACACAGUAGCGAAACGCUUGUCCGGAAUGUCGGAAACACUUUGAUUUCGUUUGAAUAAAUGAGAGUGAAUGCAAACAGUGCUGACUUAUUUGAAACGAGACACGUCGAGUAGAAACAUUUACGGUUGCUCGUGACGAGGAACAGUUAAAGGAAUGAAAAGAGAUUGUUUUCAGUGAUUUUGUUUUAUUAAAUAAUGGUUGGAUAUUUAUGUUCACUGCACAUUCUUGCGAGCAACUGUAUGUUACAUCUGAUACUUCCACCCUUCGAUCCUGGUGAAUUCUAUUAAUAAUUCGUACCGAUUUAAUCUGAACUUCUUAUCGCAUGAAACUUUUUCGCCUAGAAUUUUUCUUAUUACUCUACCGAGAUAAUCGCUAUCAUACUAAAAUGUUGAACACGACACUUUCAUUUAUACUAUAGGGGCAACAAAUUAUGCCUAUACAGUUAUUAAGUAUUUUCGAAUAAAAGAAUUGCUCGUGUAAAUAAAUAUACAAAGUUUCA